AGCAUGCGCCCCGCGCCUACUACGUAUGCUGACGUGGGCCCAAGCUGCGCAAAUACUAACAUAGCGUUUGCGCAGCUUGGGCCACUUUGGCGCAGCGUCUCCAUAUUUCGGCCACUCCGAUUCUGACGCUUACAGAGGUGACACAUUUUGAGAAUCAGGAUUAUUCUUUCAUAUAUUUUCAUUAAAGAAAUAUAUAAAUAAGCGCGAAAUAAAUCAAGAACACUUUGCAAUCGUUAUUAUAACAGACUGUGGUGUUUUUGUUAAUCAAUUUUCUUUAAAAAAAAUUUAUUUUUUAAAAUCACAAAAAACACAUUGUGUAAAUUGCAAAGUUACAGUGUUUUUGUGCAUAUUUUAUUAAUUUUGGUGUUUUUAGUAAUUACUUUCUUUAAUAAACUUUCUUUUAAGAAACAAUUUUACUUUUUAAAAUCACAAAAAACACUUUGUGUAAAUAUUGCAAGACUACAGUGUUUUUGUGCAUAUUAUUUUAACUCUAGUGUUUUUAGUAAUUACUUUCUUUAAUAAACUUUCUUUUAAGAAACAAUUUUACUUUUUAAAAUCACAAAAAACACUUUGUGUAAAUAUUGCAAGACUACAGUGUUUUUGUGCAUAUUAUUUUAACUCUAGUGUUUUUAGUAAUUACUUUCUUUAAUAAACUUUCUUUUAAGAAACAAUUUUACUUUUUAAAACCACAAAAAACACUUUGUGUAAAUUACCAGACUACAGUGUUUUUGUGCAUAUUUUAUUAAUUUUGGUGUUUUUAGUAAUUACUUUCUUUAAUAAACUUUCUUUUAAGAAACAAUUUUACUUUUUAAAACCACAAAAAACAGUUAAUGUAAAUUUCAAGACUACAGUGUUUUUGUGUGUAUUGUUUUAAUUUUGAUUAUCAAUUUUCGAAAUUGUGAUGGAUCGAGAGUGCAAAAUAACUAGAGCUUUGCAGGAAGUGCUGUCUUCUUCCUCGGGAAACGAGAGCAUUCGUUGCAUUUCAACGAAAAAAAAUAUUCAAGCUGAGGUAUGCAUGCAAAUAAAAAGCAGCAAUCAUGAAAAAUUUGAAAAGACAUUUGAUGUAAGUAAGUGUAAUGAAGAAUUAACCGAAACAGAUACAGGCGAAAAGAAAAAAAUCGAUAAUAAAUUACCAGAAGAGAAAGAAGUCGAUAAUAAAACAUCCGAGAAGAAAGAAGUCAAAAACAAAUCAGCCGAAAAGAAAAAUGCCGCAAAUAAGGCUGUUGAAAAUAAGUCAGUCAUAAAGAAAAAAUUCGAAAACAAAACAGCCGAAAAGAAAGAAGUCGAAAACAAAACAGCCGAAAAUGAAAAAGUCGAAAAUAAGUCUGCUAAAAAGAAAGAUGUGGAAAACAAAACAGCUGAAAAGAAAAAUGUCGAAAAUAAAACAGCCGAAAAUGAAAAAGUCGAAAGUAAGUCAGCUAAAAAGAAAGAUGUCGAAAACGAAAUAGCCGAAAAUGAAAAAGUCGAAAGAAAGUCAGCCAAAAAGAAAGAUGUCGAAGACAAAACAGCCAAAAAGAAUGAAGUCAAAAAUGAAAAAGUUGAAAACAAAACAGCCGAAAAUGAAACAUCCGAAAAGAAAGAAGUCGAAAACAAAACAGCAGAAAAGAAAAAAGUGGAAAAUGAAAAAGUUGUGAACAAAACAGCCGAAAAUGAAAAAGUCGAAAGUAAGUCAGCCAAAAAGAAAGAUGUCGAAAACGAAAUAGCCGAAAAUGAAAAAGUCGAAAGAAAGUCAGCCAAAAAGAAAGAUGUCGAAAAGAUAACAGCCGAAAAUGAAAAAGUCGAAAAUAAGUCUGCUAAAAAGAAAGAUGUCGAAAACAAAACAGCCGAAAAGAAAAAUGUCGAAAAUAAAACAGCCGAAAAUGAAAAAAUCGAAAGUAAGUCAGCUAAAAAGAAAGAUGUCGAAGACAAAACAGCCAAAAAGAAUGAAGUCGAAAAUGAAAAAGUUGAAAACAAAACAACCGAAAAUGAAACAGCCGAAAAGAAAGAAGUCGAAAACAAAACAGCAGAAAAGAAAAAAGUCGAAAAUGAAAAAGUUGUAAACAAAACAGCCGAAAAUGAAAAAGUCGAAAGUAAGUCAGCCAAAAAGAAAGAUGUCGAAAACGAAAUAGCCGAAAAUGAAAAAGUCGAAAGAAAGUCAGCCAAAAAGAAAGAUGUCGAAGACAAAACAGCCAAAAAGAAUGAAGUCAAAAAUGAAAAAGUUGAAAACAAAACAGCCGAAAAUGAAACAUCCGAAAAGAAAGAAGUCGAAAACAAAACAGCCGAAAAUGAAAAAGUCGAAAAUAAGUCUGCUAAAAAGAAAGAUGUGGAAAACAAAACAGCUGAAAAGAAAAAUGUCGAAAAUAAAACAGCCGAAAAUGAAAAAGUCGAAAGUAAGUCAGCUAAAAAGAAAGAUGUCGAAAACGAAAUAGCCGAAAAUGAAAAAGUCGAAAGAAAGUCAGCCAAAAAGAAAGAUGUCGAAGACAAAACAGCCAAAAAGAAUGAAGUCAAAAAUGAAAAAGUUGAAAACAAAACAGCCGAAAAUGAAACAUCCGAAAAGAAAGAAGUCGAAAACAAAACAGCAGAAAAGAAAAAAGUGGAAAAUGAAAAAGUUGUGAACAAAACAGCCGAAAAUGAAAAAGUCGAAAGUAAGUCAGCCAAAAAGAAAGAUGUCGAAAACGAAAUAGCCGAAAAUGAAAAAGUCGAAAGAAAGUCUGCUAAAAAGAAAGAUGUGGAAAACAAAACAGCUGAAAAGAAAAAUGUCGAAAAUAAAACAGCCGAAAAUGAAAAAGUCGAAAGUAAGUCAGCUAAAAAGAAAGAUGUCGAAAACGAAAUAGCCGAAAAUGAAAAAGUCGAAAGAAAGUCAGCCAAAAAGAAAGAUGUCGAAGACAAAACAGCCAAAAAGAAUGAAGUCAAAAAUGAAAAAGUUGAAAACAAAACAGCCGAAAAUGAAACAUCCGAAAAGAAAGAAGUCGAAAACAAAACAGCAGAAAAGAAAAAAGUGGAAAAUGAAAAAGUUGUGAACAAAACAGCCGAAAAUGAAAAAGUCGAAAGUAAGUCAGCCAAAAAGAAAGAUGUCGAAAACGAAAUAGCCGAAAAUGAAAAAGUCGAAAGAAAGUCAGCCAAAAAGAAAGAUGUCGAAAAGAUAACAGCCGAAAAUGAAAAAGUCGAAAAUAAGUCUGCUAAAAAGAAAGAUGUCGAAAACAAAACAGCCGAAAAGAAAAAUGUCGAAAAUAAAACAGCCGAAAAUGAAAAAAUCGAAAGUAAGUCAGCUAAAAAGAAAGAUGUCGAAGACAAAACAGCCAAAAAGAAUGAAGUCGAAAAUGAAAAAGUUGAAAACAAAACAACCGAAAAUGAAACAGCCGAAAAGAAAGAAGUCGAAAACAAAACAGCAGAAAAGAAAAAAGUCGAAAAUGAAAAAGUUGUAAACAAAACAGCCGAAAAUGAAAAAAUUGAAAUCUAA